AUGAACACACGCAGCUCCACUGCAAAAAGACUGAGGGAGGAGUCCCAGAAAUCACAGGAGAACUAUAAGGCCUUCGAUGACCUUUCCACUUACUUUUCUAAGGAAGAGUGGGCAAAGCUGGGAGACUCACAGAAAAAAACCUACAUGUACAUAAAAAAGAUGUAUGACACCAGGAUUUGUCUAGGUCUCCAUACCAUCUUGCCGUCUUUCAUGCAUCCUUGUAAUUGGACCACAAAAUCGCCUGAGAGUGAGUCCGAUGAAGAUCAGAACCCCUGGAAUCAGGAUGAAGGUCCUCAGGAGGCUUCCAAUGUGCAACAGAGAGAACACGUGAAGGAGAUGCCCAUGAAGGCGGCAAGGGAAGAAAAUGAUACGAAGCCACUGCCAGUAACACCUGGCUUGGAGCCGGCUCAGAAAGAACUGUGUCCCCCAGGAAAAGCGAGCACUUCUGGUCAGGAGAGUGAGAAGAUGUCGGGACACAGCAAAGUGAAGUGUAGUGUCUGGGCCGACAGGCUGCGGGAGAGAAAGAUGUGAGUUGUGUAUGAAGAGAUCAGUGACCCCAUGGAAGAUGACUAA